CGCAUGAUAAUUGCUCAGUUCAUUCCGAGCAACGGUCGACAACACAAUGAAGUUAGCUCUAUUGUUGUUGGUUCACGUAUCGGCGUGUUUUUGUGCCAUUGACUUUAGUGAUAGACCUAGAAACUUUAGCAUCGAGCUAGUGCAUCAUACGCAACUGCAAAAAGAAGGUCAUGUGGUGAUAUCACCGUUUGGAAUAUGGACUUUGAUGAGCGCGGUGGCCCUUGGGGCUACGGGCAACAGCUACAACCAGCUUGCACGGACCUUCAUUCUCCCGAAAGACAAAAGAACGCUCGUGAGUGGGUACAAAGAGCUGACGUCAGUCGUUUUGAACCCUUCGACGACCGGCGUCACACUCACGAGCAAAAACUUCGUGUUUCUCGACUCCAACUUCAAAGUUUACCCGGAAUUCGAACGGAGCAUGCGACAAGACUUCAACUCGACGGUGACUGUCCUGAAUUUCCAAGAUCCAAAUUCGGCUAACAUAGCCAACAAUGAAAUAGAAAGGACCGGAGCGAACGUGAAAAACGUGCUGCAUUCGGAAGACUUCGAAGAGUCUAGGAUGAUUUUGACAAAUGUGAUCUCAUUCAAGGGCCUGUGGUCGUCACCUUUCAAUGCUUCAGACACAAAAGAGGAGGUAUUUUACGACGAGGGCAAAAAUGUGAUCGGACGUGUCAACAUGAUGUCCCAGAAGUCAAUGUUUGCUUUCUCGAAUAUCAGAUCAAUGGAAGCGUUUGCUUUAGAAAUCCCCUACGGUGACGACAAGAAAUACAGCAUGCUCUUCAUUCUACCGUACCCAAAUGUGAAAGUCACUGAUGCCUACAAGAAUCUAGCCAAAACAAGCUUGAAAGAUAUCUUUGGACAGCUAGAACAGGACGUUGAGGAAUUCGGCGAGGAGGAAAUUGAUGUGAAAAUUCCUCGAUUCAAGAUCAGCACGAAUUUGGUUAUGAACAAGCCGUUAAACGAUAUGGGUGUAUUUGAUAUAUUCCAGCCUAACUUGGCUAAUUUCGGUAGAGUAUCAGCUGAAGAUAUUUUCGUGUCUGCGAUAGUGCACAAAGCUGAUAUAGAGGUUACAGAGUCAGGGACGGUGGCGUCAGCUGUCACUGAAGCAUUCUUCGCAGAUAGGAUCUCCUCGCCUACUUUCCAUGCUAACAAACCUUUCAUUUACUUCUUGAUGGAGAAAACCACCAUGACAAUGAUCUUCGGAGGCAUUUACUCGAAACCUACUGUGUUUUAAGUGUAUGUUUUUAUGUUAUUUAAAAUAUUAGUGAUAAAAAAGACUGCCAUGUUUGUAAGCUGAAAGUUUAGAUGAAUUCAUAAUGAAAAAGAUCUUAUGACAUUAGAAAUAUUUUAUGUAAUUAAACUAAGAUGACUUAAUGAUAAAUCCAAUUAGAAAAUUUGUAAUAACAAUAUUUAAAUAGCUUUCUAUCUUCAUUUUCGGACUUAAAUUACAUUUUAAAUUAUGUGAAUA